AUGCCGAGUAAUCAAACUAAUUCAAAGGUGCAUUAGCUUUCCUACCGACAUUAUUUUAUAGAUAAGAUUCCAGAAAAUGAGCAAAAAGGCAGAAGAGCCGUCGAAUGUGCAGAAACUGCUUGCUUCCCUGCAACAGGCUCAAAAUAAGAGCGUAGAGCCCAGCGGCGAAUCAUCGAGCACAAAACCGAAGAAGAAAAAGGGAGGAGAGGAGAAGAAAAAGCCGAAAGGUCCGAGUGUGGGAGCACGGAUGCAGCAGCAGGCCGAGUCCGCCCGAAUGCAAUCGAAGAGACCGCGCCACGUGUCCACGUCCAAAGUGGGCCGAGCACAGACGAUCGGCGAGCAGCCGCAGCCGCAGUCGUCCCAUCAGCAGUACAGAGGACCGCGCAUUCCGACCGACGUCCUCGACGAACUCGAAUUCCGAUUCGUCAGCAACAUGGUCGACUACGAAGUGAGAAAUCUCAAAAGGGCGGUCCGUUCAGCUCAUAUUUCAGAUAAAUAAUAAAAUCCGUGCUUGUUUUCAUCUGGAAGUGGCUCAUUGGUAUUACAUAGAUCAUAUGGUGGAGGGAGACUACACGGGAUGCCCGAACGUCGGAUUACGCGAGUUCACCACCCAAAUGUUGUAUCAUUGCAAGGCACUGCACAAGUAUUCGCACGAUUCCGAUGAAGUAUGUGAAGAGUGACCAACUGAAUUCGAAAUAUUCUGUUCCAGUUCAUCGCCCAGUUCAGAGAUUACAAGUCGACUGUGCCGACGUACGGAGCCAUUCUGAUGGACGAAUCGCUAGAUUACGUGCUGCUCGUACAGUCGUACUUUGCAAAAGGAAACUCUUGGGGCUUCCCGAAGGGAAAAAUCAAUCAGAAUGAGCCGCCCCGUGACGCGGCGAUCCGCGAAUGUUACGAGGAAACUGGAUUCGAUUUCGGGCGUCAUUCGGAAAACGAGAAGAAGCUGCAGAAGUUCCAGAACGAAACGAUGGUCCGCCUUUAUAUCGUCAAAAACGUGCCGAAGGAUUACAAUUUCCAGCCACAAACAAGGAAAGAAAUCAGGUAUUUCAUUUUCAUCGGUGUGAAAACGAGUUAAAGUCUUACAGAAAGAUUCAGUGGUUCAAAGUUGACGAUCUGCCAACGGACAAAACUGACCAGGUGCCCACUCAUCUUCGCGGAUACAAGUUCUAUCUGGUGAUGCCGUUCGUGAACGAUAUCCGAACAUACGCGCGGAAGGAAAAGGAAAAAAUGAAGAAGAAACCUUUGGAAAAGGUUCCGGCGCCUGCGCCUCCUGCUCCUGUUCCGUCGACUUCGUCAAUUCUAUCUCAACUAUUUCCCAAUGUGCCUCUCAAAGCGAACACGUCCGAGGAACCCACUCCUCUGCCGCCCGCCUACAAAAGACUUACCAGCGAGGAGCUGUUCACUGCUUUCAAGCCUCCACCGCCAACUGGAACCUCCGAAAUUAGCCGUCCAACCCUUCCGGAUAUGUCUCCGUCAGUCGAUGGAAUGGACUCGUUGGCAGUACUCGGACUGUGCACUCCGCUGAAGCCAGGGGCCAACCUCAAUCAGUUUUCCAUCUCUCCACAAAAUUGUCCCAUGAUCUCGGAAGAGUCCGGCGGACAGAUGGAAUACUACGCGAGUGGCCAAGCUGAAGAGAUCGGAUUUGCGAUGCCGACGGAUCUGAAACAACCACUCGUCACUUCUGAUCAUCCUUGUGAGCUCAGAACUUUACGGAAAUCUGUUACUUUCAGAUUUCUUUCAGGGCACAACAAGAUUCAGGAAAACUCGGCUCCGCCACAAACAAUCGAGUCUCACCAAGGAUGGCUUGAUACUCAACUAGUCAACACGAUAAUGCACUCGCCGAACACUCAGAUGCCUUCUUCUCCGUCUCCAGCCACUCCAACUGCCGUUCUCGGUCAUCUCAUUGGCAAACCGAUCCAGCCGCAAGCGAUUUUCCCGCAAGCUGCCACGCCGACUGCCAUGGGAAGUGCCGAGAAGCCAAAAAGUUCGCGCAUCAGUCUGAGUGACAACUCUGCCUUCAAAGCGAUUUCCGCUCCGAAACAUUCCGUUCCGAAGGCGACCGCUCCGCCGUCCGCCGAAAAGACGCGUUCGUCGUCGUUGAGUGGACCAGCGGAACCACGAAAAGCGGCUCGCAAUCUAUUGCAUUCGGUGGUUUCUCCCGCUUCAAGCGGUUUAACUUCUGUGCAUGGAGACGAAGCGAGCAUGUGGGAAGUCAUGUGGUACAGGGAGCAACUGGGAACCACCGCCGGCACGAGCAUCUCUUCGCUCGCCGCUUCCAAUCAGGAGCUCGCUAUGAUCAACAGAGACACUCCAGUCGAAGAUCGCAACAUUUACAUGCAACAAGUCUACGAAUCAGCAGGAAAUCAACAAAGGACCGACUUCAUUCCGAAGUGCCACCAGUGGACUAAGCGCAUUCAGGUGAAUUUCGCAAGAAUAGUAAUAGCAAAUAAUACACAUAACAUUUUCAGCUGGACGUGGAGUACAUCGCGGGCCCAGCGGCCUUCUGGAAGAAGCAGUUCUCUGUUUCAAACAAUUAG